GCCAUCGAACGCCGGUUAUAUAGGCUGAGUGACGCAGCCGCUUUUCGAAACAUGCCAUUUUAAUCUAUUCAUUCUGAAAAGCUGUUGUAUCGAUAGGGAGACAUGGACAGAGCCGUCGCGAACCAGCCGAGUUGGGUCAAAGCUGCCUUUCACUUGCUUCCUUGCGCCAGCCCCGAAGCUGUCUGCUGGAGCGAGCUGAUCACUGGAUAAGACCCCAGAGGUCUAAAAUGCCUCCUCACAUGGCCAGCCACUUGGCCUCACACCCAGAAAGCAAAAGCUUGCCCUUUGUUUGCUGUGAUUGCUUUGGACGCAGGAUGUCCAAAAUUCUACCUCUGGAAUCGAGCAGGUCCCCUCCUGCUGGCAAGUUUGACAGUACAGCCAUGCUACUUGGACGUAUGACUUACCUUGCUAUGCACUGGCUGAAAAAAUGGUUGCGCCUUUUGCAGAAUUUCUCCAGAGCACUGAUGAAAGCUAUAUUGAUGGGCAUUGCUAAGGGGGCAGCUACUGCUGCCCCCUUAGAGAAGACAAGAAGACCCUGGGGAAGGGAAAAAGAACUUGAAAGAGGUGAAAGCGAAAUAGAAGAUGGAGAGAAGCUAAGCUUUGACAUUGAUCAUCUGGGGUAUCCUGUCCUGAAUAGCCUAGAAAGCUGGUCUCAAGAGGAUACAGAGAGUGUGAUAGAAGAUGGACAUUUUGGAGAAUGCCCAGAAUGGUUUUUGAAAGUCUCCAGUGGUGCUAAAGUGGAUAAGAUGCAUUUGGAAGACAACACUGCACUGUGUCUGAUACACCAUUCCAUCUCCUUUGACUUUGGAAAUAACUGGGAAUGUUCAUCGGACGAAGACUCGGGACUGGAAGAUGGAGAGAGUCCUAGGAGUUUCCCCCCAAAAUCAUGGGAAGACUGUUACUAUCCUCAAAUGUUUGCCAAACGUUUGGAUAUUGGGGGAUGUUUUGAGGAGAAAGCGAGAGAUUCCUGUCACCCCCGAGAAGAGUCUGGGGAUUUUGAAAAUGAUUUUGAAGGGGGUUCUAGGCAAAGUUUGGAAAGUCCCUUUAUUUCCCAGGAGCGCAGGGCGAACGUGGAAUCUAGUGGGGAUAUUGUGAUACCUGAAGAACAAGGCUUGAAGAGUACAUCUAAUUCUUCAAAGGAAGGGGAAUACCUGGUCAAGGAGAACUUGGGAACACCUUCCAUCUCCCAUGGCUUCAAGAGUUCCCUUGUACUCUCCUUAUUCUACAGUCCCUCAGAGGAAGAUGAUGAUGAUGAUACAGAAGACUGGUCAAGUGAAGAUGAGAUGGAAGAAACAAUUCAAUCAUCUUUAGAUAGUGUUGUUUUGGAAAAUGGGGAUAAUUCAGCAGCAGAUAGCUUUCAACACCAGAGUUUUCCUGAGAACCUCGGUGGAUGCUUUUUCCCCAGCAUGGACCCCAUGCAUUCAUUCUCCUUUUCCAGAACCGUUCAGCCAGUCACUUGCGCCCCACCUGAAUCCAAGAACCACGAGGAAAUCACAGUCUCCUUUUACUUAAGUCAACCGUAUUCUAUGCCGGAGGAGACUUGUAAUCCUCCCAAACCACCAUCCCAUAAAGACCCAAGAUCUGCCCCGGGGCAUCCACCUCACCAAUGCUGCCAGCUGCAAACAGAAAGAAACUGUGAUUUGGUCACUACAGAAACCCCGUUGGUUUCCCGGAAGGCCGGCCAGCUGGCUAAGAAGGUUCGAUUCUCUCCUGAGGUCACUGUACACACACUGGUGGUCUGGGAUUAUGCUUCCCGAGCAGCUCGCAGGGGUCCCUGGGAGGAGAUGGCCCGUGAUCGUUGUCGUUUUCAACGCAGAAUUGCAGAGGUGGGAGCCAUCUUGGAGCCCUGUCUGCAGAUGGAUCAUCGUGCCAGUGUUUGGAGGAAGACCCACGGGGCUCUGCAACUUGAGGAGGAAAUUGGUGACAACACACUCCCCAGUUUGGCCAGUCAAGAGAAAUUGUGUGCCUAAACAAACUUGUGAAUUAAAUGGCUGUUCAAGGUGGAGCAGUCUAUCUGGGCAGAAACAUAGAUGAAGGGUGACAGGAUUUUGAUAGCCAAAAGUAUGGAAGUCUAAAUUCAAAAUUGUUAGCAUUUCCUGAGGGGGAAGCUGUCCUCUGAAUUGAAUGGGAAAGGGGUCACAAAACAUCCCUACCUUGCAUGCACACAGUUGUGCCCAUCAACUCAGGACAUGUCAGUUUUUAGCCUAUGUGUAGCAAGAUUACCAAUUCAUCUGGCCUUUUCUCAAGUGGGGCCCUGUGGCUUAGACUUGGGGGAUGGGGCUGGAAGCAAGAUCCUCUGGGUUCUCUUUUUUGAAUAAACGCACUGAUCCUAAAUUAUCAUUGCUACCUCUGUUUCCUACAUUUUAUGAGCUCCAAAUAAAACAGAACCACAGUUGUCGUGACUCAAAUAUGUGUACAAGGUGAGGCCCCUUACGUAAUGAUGCUGGAUUGUUGCAACAAUAAGCAAGUCCUAUGAAAUGCAUUUGCAGCAGUGAGGUGGCCCAUUGGCAUUCCUGUUUAUGGGCAGGGGAAUGGAAACUGAAGGAGGUCUGGAGAACUUAUAGUUGGAUGGGGCUUUGGUCGGAGCUCCCAGUAGUUCUGAAUAUUGUUGCGCAAUGCUAGAUUUAAACAUGACUCAGCAGGCUAAAAUGCCUUAGUCACAUAGUAUUCCAUGUAGCUGGCUGUACAUUAAAAUUGGGAAUUUAGCUGCAGUAUUUGCAGCAUCAGAAUGCUAUGUGUAUAGGCCCUUCCAUUGGGGUGUAUAACCUGGAGCACCAUAUGGGUUGGUUUAAAUGCAUCUCUCUCCAACUGGUACCUGGCCUUUGAGACAGCUGUAGAAGCUGCCUAUUUUCACGGGUUCUUUUUUGAAAAUUUUAAGUUAUUGGCAUGUUUUAAAUUAUUGUUGCCUAAGACACUUGAUUAAUCUUUCUAUGUCAUAUAUAAUUACCUGUUUUUAUUUUUUAUAUAUAUAAAAUUCACUUUUUUUUUUAUAUGGAUGA